AAGAAGUCAGACAUGGCCCGGAGCACAGAAGGGAGACAACGGAUGCCCAGUGCCUGAUCUGGAGAAGUAAGAGUCCAGCCAGAUGGGACUGCAGUCCUCAGCUCUGAUGGCCUCUGCCCUGGUGUAUUUCAUCCAGCUUCCUCGGGCAAGAUGUGAGGAGAACUGUGUCAGUCCUGAACACUGCCUGACCACAGACUGGGUACAUCUCUGGUAUAUAUGGUUGCUGGUGGUCAUCGGGGCACUGCUUCUCCUGUGCGGCCUGACUUCUGUGUGCUUCCGCUGCUGUCUGGGUCGCCAGCAAAAUGGGGGAGAGGAGGGCCGGCCACCCUAUGAAGUCACGGUCAUCGCUUUUGACCAUGACAGCACUCUCCAGAGCACGGUCACUUCCCUGCAGUCAGUGUUCGGCCCUGCGGCUCGAAGGAUCCUGGCUGUGGCUCACUCCCCCAGCUCCCUGGGCCAGCUGCCCUCCUCCCUGGACACCCUCCCAGGGUAUGAGGAAGCACUUCGCAUGACUCGUUUCACUGUUUCAAGGUGUGGGCAGAAAGCACCUGAUCUACCAUCAGUGCCAGAAGAAAAGCAGCUGCCCCCGAUGGAGAAAGAGUCUCCCGGAGUACAACACUCUUCUGAUUGAUGGGGACCUUUUUUUUUUUUUUUUUUACCGUUGUAUUUUAUUUAGCUGUAACAAAUCAAAUUACUAAAACUUUUGUUUGUGUUAAAUUUGAGAUAAGCCUAUAGACCCAGCAAGAGAAAUGUAAUUAUAAACAGACAUGGCCACUAGUUGCUAAUAGUAACAGUUACUAUAUUACACAUAUUUUCUCUUGUAAUAUGUCAAACAUUCCUUCUUUGGUUCCUGCUUGCAACACAAUUUAAAAUUAGCACACUAAAAUAAUUUACAAGUGAUUCACAUUACAUUUAUAAGUGAUUUAUUAGGAAAACAUUACAUUUAUAAGUAAUUUAAAUUCUCUGUAAUUUAAUGUCUCAUCUGCUGAAGUAUAGUAGUCAUAGUACCUUAGAAGUUCCUUUUUAAUUUAUUUUUAAUUGGAGGAUAAUUGCUUUAUAAUGUGUUGGCUUCUGCUAUAAAACUACAUGAAUCAGCCAUAUACACACACACACACACACACACACACACACACACACACACAUAUAUAUAUAUAUCCCCUAAUUCUUGAACAUCCCUCCCAGCCCCCGAAAUCUGGUUUUAUUAAUGGAGUGGAGGUGUCCUCAGGGUUGGUAGAUAUUCACAGACAAAUGGAAAAAUUUUUCCUAACUUUUAGAAGGGUUAGGAUGGCAUCUAAACAUCAUUCUGUGGGAAAGAUAGAUUCUAACUCUUCAUUUCCAGGUGCAUCUAUUUUCUGCUAUGGGAUGCUCUUGUUGAGAACUCUUCUUUAUCCAGGGGUAAAAAAAUUUGCAAUUAACCUGUAGUGAUGCUGAUUACUACUAAACUGGAAAGCACCAGAGGCAGCUUGGAUUCCUUCACCUAUCAAGUUCUUUUCCCCAGAGGACGCUGCAAGUUUCCCUAGCAGCAAACAGGUUGUGUUCACUUGUGGAGAAAGACACUCGUAUAGGCACAGCCAGAGCUGUUAAUGCACUGAAUUCACACACCCUUCCUCUCAUGAGAACAUUCAAUUUUAUGCUAAAUGACAGUGAUAAUUUGGGACAUCAUGUAAUACCUCACUGGACAUCCAAAAUCCAGGGGUGGGAUUGCGGGCAUGGGCUAAGCGGGCACAGUAAAGUACUGAAGUGCAAAUAUCGAGGUCUUUCUUUCAUUCUUCUACCCACUAACAGAACGGGAAACUGAAUAGAAUGCAGUAACAGUUCCAUUCAUUUUUUAGUUCCUCUGCCCUGCAAACACAUGAACGCACAUGGAGGCAUGCACACAUAUGUACUUGUAUGCUUUUGUAACUCUAAAAGAAUAGCAUUGUUUUGCCUCUUUGCUCUUUCCUGCUUUGACUGCUUGCAAGACCUGUCUCUAUAGUGACAACACUUGUUUCUAGUGGUGACCUUCACUGCCACCUGGUGGAGUGAUGGUAGAAAUGCAUUCUCCUAUUGGCACCUAAAGCUUCCCUGGUGGCUCAGUGGUAAAGAAUCCACCUGCCAAUG